UACGAACAGUGAUAGAAGCAACUCCAUCAACCAGGUGAGAGAGUGAGUGAAUGAAGGAAAGGGGUGAGGGUGGGAGAGACGAAAACAGAGCGACUGAGCUUUGAACUCCCUCGCUUCCUCAAUCAGCGUUUGAGCGAAGAGUUUGAAGGCAAUACCACACUUAGUGCAGCUGUACUUUCAUCAGAGCACUUGCUCUAAUGCGGCCUCAUACAACCCGCCGAGUCACUCCUCACCUGUGCAAAUACACCUGAAUAAACAGUUUGUUAUUCGUGCUGCAUAUCUACCCUCGCACCCCUCAACGUAUCAGUCAGUAGUCUUGCUGCCACGAACAUGACGGCAAAAGCCUACGUGAAAGGGUCAACUUUUCCACCGCUGGCUGCGGGCACCCUGCGGCUGUACAGUAUGAGACUAUGUCCGUUUGCACAGCGUGUUCGCCUGGUACUGGCUCACAAACAGAUCGGCUACGAAACGAUCAACAUAAACCUGAAGGAGAAGCCAGAAUGGUUUCUGGAGCGAAACCCAAAGGGCGCUGUACCAGUGCUAGAAAAGGACGGGAAGAUAAUCUACGAAUCUGUCAUUGUCUGCGAGUACCUGGAUGACAUCUAUCCACAAAAUCGCUUAACUCCCCCUGAUCCGUACCGAAAAGCACGGGACGCCAUUCUGUUGGACUACUACGGCAACAAGUACAUCCCUAAUCACUACAAGCUUCUGAGAGAUCAGAAAGAUGAGGAAGUCAAUGAUACGUUCAAGAAAGCUGUGCAAAAGCUGGAUGAUGAGUUGAAAACAAGAGGGAAAUUUUUUGGAGGCUCUCAGGUAGCGAUGAUUGACUUCCUGAUAUGGCCUUGGAUUGAAAGGCUUCCUGUCGUGGCUGCAGCUUUUCGGGUUGGUAACCUGUCUGAGAGCAACUUUCCUCAUCUUUAUGCAUGGAGAGAAAGUAUGAUGUCCCUUUCAGCUGUGAAAGACACUGCUUUUGACCAUAAAACGCAUCAACAGUUCUAUAAGAAAAUUCAAGAAGGCAGCGCUGAUGCUUAUGAUAUCGGGCUCGAAGAAUAAUUGUUUUAUACCGAUUGUCAUAUGUCAGUUAUUGCAGAUGGCUGUCUAACAAGUACAAUAUAUCUGCCUGAACACUUCAAAAUCAUCAUCGAAAUUAUUAUAGCAAAAACCAAUUUACUCAGAAAUGCUAUCACACAGGCGCAAGAAAGAUUAUAUUGGUAGUUCUAGAAAGCUGACCUUUACUGAGCGGUUAAUGAUAAGUAUGUGUUAAUUUGAUUGUUACUGAACAUUUGUAUCACUCAGCAUCACAGCCAUACAGACCACACUCUCUGUGGCGACCAAUACUGAAAAUGACCUAGUUGAGACCAUAUAGACGUGUGUAGGUGGAUUGCUGUCUGCCAAGACCAACGCUUAGUCUCUUGUGAAGUGAUCUGCUAUACAUUAUAAAAGAAAUAAAAAUAAUUUUGAAAAUA